CUCCAGGGUAGGCCGCGUCACAGUACUGUGAUUCAUUUGUCACGCAAGAUCAUUCUGAGGACAAUCCACAACAGCUUCUUUUCCCAAUAGUCGCAAUCCUUGCCGCCGCUUGGUACCAUCAUACAAGCCUAAGUAGGCAAGACGGCCUAAGCAGCCGUGCAAGUUGUUGUUUAUAAUUUAUCGACGACACAAUAUACGAGAAUGGUUUAGCUCCGGAGGGCGCUGCCGAAGCGUGAACGGACAUCGCAUUUUGCAAGCCGCUGCAAAGCACUUCUGUGGAUAAGAAGCCACCUAAAACUACGUUUACAAGUCAGGAUUUACAGACAUCCUUACUUUCUGACUGCGGACAUGGAGCAAGCUGAUUCGUUCGCUCGCCUAGACGCCGUGGUCAACGACAUGAAAUGCCCGCUAUACCGUGGAACGUUAUCACAAGAUCGGAUGGCGGCCAUGGACGCACACGCGCGCGCCUGCCCGACAUCUGUAACCCGCACCAUAGCCGACCUCGCGACCUACCUGGCCUCAGCGGCAAGGAGCCCCGAGGAGAAGGUCCGCGCCAUCUGCUUCUGGCUGCACCUCAACGUGCGGUACGACACAGAAGCCUACUUCGGCGGAACCGUCCGAAGCAUGACUGCCGAUGAUGUGCUGCGAGACAGGUGUACGGUUUGCCAUGGCUUCUCGCGGCUCAUGGCAGCGCUGUGCAAGGCUUGUAACGUGGAGUGCGAAGUUAUCUCCGGUUACGCGAAGGGUAUGGGCUUCACCCGGAGUCUUUCCGGUACGACGGUCACAGCCUCCUCAGGCAUGAAGUAUGAAGCCAACCACAACUGGAAUGCGGUCAAGUUGUACGUCCCCUCGAGGCGCAAGGAGCGCUGGCAUCUUGUGGAUCCAACCUGGUGCGCCGGCCACACCAACGGUACGACGUAUAUCCAGGAAUGGGGCCGGCAGUACUACAUGGCAGAUCCGCUAGCCUUUGUGCAAUCACACUUUCCGGAGAACCCUGCUUGGACGCUGCUACCAGAGGACUACCGACUCAGCUGGCAGACAUUUACGAGGGUUGUUAAGCUUCGUUUUCCGGUUUGCUGGGAGCUGGGUGUGCUGCCCAUUUCGCACAAGCAGCUGGUAAUUCAAGACACGUCUACGUCGGACGAAGGGCUUCGGAUUGUGUUUAAAGUGAAGAAGGGAACUCACAUGUUGGCCUCAUUCACCAACAGCAACCAGAAAUUCUACCCAGCAACCCUAUCAAGUACUAACGGCCACGGCAACUCCAACUUGUAUGCCUUUACGAUCAAGAACGUCUCCCGUGGAGGCGCGGGUGCAGUUUUGAACAUCUUCGCCUCCCACCAGCCGUACGGCACGUUUUCCCACGUUACGGAGUACGUUAUCGCUUGACAGGGCUAGCUAUGGAAGUAUGACGGUGACGUCGCUGAUACGGAUUGGCACACAGAUAUGAGCAGCGGUGAUUCAUUUCUCGCGAGCAGCGUGCUGCGCAUAGUUCGAGCGGGAUGUGUACGGUGCUGAUCCGCUGCUGCAUGCCGCUGUGGAACUGGGUGGCAGAGGUGAAGUGUGUCGGACUAACGUUCGUGCAUGUGGGUAGCGCUCCUUCUUUGCCUCCUGAGCCAUCCAAAAGGGUGCACCCAUACAACCGCCUACUUGCAUCACGCCUUGGGCCGGCUAACGUGGUUACUUAAGAGCAGCCGGCGUUCCUGUCUGACAGGUUAGUUGGCGCAAAACAUUUGUUGUUGCGUACGUCACAGCAUUUCAUAACUCACCAAAGGCAAGCCGGCAUGGUGGCCUCAUCAAUGAUUUUUGCCUAGGCGUUUCAUACCUUCGACCGAAAUGCGCUCUAUUUUAUGUAUGCGAGCUAUGAGAGAGGUGCAAGUCUGUUGAAAGUGCUUACUGACACGUCCUCAACACCGGUAUCCACAUCGGAAGUAAAUGCGGCUGUUCAUGCAUGGCAACAGGUGUGUAUGGAGGCGUGUGUCCGGCAAGGGUGUCCUUAAGCACCCUCGCUGUACUUGUUUAUUUGCCUCGCCAGCCCUCUUGUGUAGCUUACAGCACUGUCAGGCGGGUAUAAAAUCUGAUCCCUCGAAUUCCUUCCUCACCUCUGUGGUCCAGUUUGCUAAUGGUACGGUGUUGGUAGGUAGUGGUGUACGGCAGGUCUGGAUGAUUGACCGUUAUUGCAGUGAUCCCAAACCGGAAGGCAUGGGCCUGAUGUGUGAGGGACAUAAUCCUCCAGUGAAUGAAGUCGUUGCGCUUAAAUCUCGACAGACUGAAAUUUUGCUUCUUGGGGACUUGGGGUUUCACUGGGUUAGUGUCAGUAGUGACAUUUGGGGUUUGUCAGUGGCUUGUACGGCAGUGGCUUUAGCGGAAAAAUGAGUUAGCUUGGUGUCUUGAUUAUUGGAGCAAGCGGUUCCUGACAGCGGAGGACCGUCGUCCUCUUCUACCGUAUUCUCUGUCGGGCUAACGGUACGGCAGCUUGCAGCUCUGCUGCAUGUGGCGACCUGGCAUAGGAAGCAUUGAGGUUUACUGCAGGGUGAUCAGUUAGGAGAGUUUGGCAAGCAGGUUCUGGCAAGUUGCUAAAUUUGUUGGGCACCUGUGUCGGCAAGAUGGGGAGGGGCGUGCUGCAAGUGUUGCAGAUAGACUGUUACCAGGUCACCCGCUGAGUCACCCCGGGGCAGAUGGGCAGAUGGUUUUGAUGUUUUGCCUUCCUUAGACGUUGUUCGGGCUCGCUUUGCUUGUUGGGGAGCCCUUCUUGUUCGUUCAACGGUGGUGGCUGGGGGUCUAUGCAUCCUUGACAACGUGCUCUGAUUUCAAUUUUAAGGAUUUGCAUCCGGCUUCUAGUCCCCUGGCGUUUUCCACGACUAAUAUGGCGGGGCCAUGGCUGGGGGUAGAUAGUUUGCCGGAACAUAUCCAACGUGUAGUAUUUUCUGUGUUGGUUUCACCGCUUAAUACCGACGUAUUGUAUCCGGAUCCUUUGAAACCGGGUUGUUGGUGUUGGGGUGUUCCGUUUUUGCCUGUUGGUGUGAUGGCCUAAUCAGGCAUGUUGGGUUUGGAAUACUGUCAUCCGGUCCUAGUUCAUUGCCAUGCCCUUCGUGUAUGUACUGUUGUGGCAGUUUUUAAUAACUAUAGUUUUGCAGUAUAAGGAUGCUCAAGAUAAGCUUUGUUGUAUGGAGGAUGCGGAGAUCAUGUGUUGAUGGUCAUAUCUCAUCCUUCGGCUCCUAUCCGGUUCUUUCGGUUGCCUCUGCGCGUUGUUCCCUGCCCAGACUCCAUGGUCUGCUGCUGUCACUAGAAAACUUGUUGGGUGAGGUGCCCGCGGCUUGGGUGACGGCAGUGGAGGCCCAACUUAGUGACAACGUACCGCCCCGACUGAAGGCAGGUUUUGAUUCCCCGUAUAUGGGGUGGAGUUGCCGUAUACGAAGGAAUGGUCCCUGUUCGAAAGGCCACGAUUCUUCAGCUGGAUAGCAUGUUUGGAGAGUGUUGCUGGAUGCCUCCAUCAAAGGAGCCGUAGAGUAACAUGGAAAGAGCUUUCUCUUGGCGUUUUGGACAGGCUCCAAGAAUACCGGUAUUUAGUGCCCUUAGAAGGUCAGGGGGGCGAAUAGGAGGCUUUUUGGCGUUUAUCCAAUGGCUGGAUUCCCUUGCCCAGGAACUCCUGCAUGUCUCAUGCUCGCCCUGAGCGCUGUGGCUGGUUUUUGUGGUGCUGGGGGCUGCUCCACGGCUGCAGUACUUCUGGGCAAGACGAUGCUUGG